AUGUUCAAUAAGUCCAGCAUCUUUAUCAAGCUGAACGCUUUCACUUUCACUUUCAGAACUGAGGUCGCUUUCAAAUCCGAAGCUAUCUCCAAAUUCGAGCUCGUCUCCAAAUUCGGAGUCCUCUGCUUCAUGUCCAUCGAGACUGGAGCAGUAUUCAUUCAGGAGAGACUGCUGGGCGCAGAUGAUCAUAAUCCCCUUCACAAUCCCGAAGUUAAUAUCGGCUAUGAAAACCCCGGGCAGAUCACUGGUGCGAAUAUCCAUGCUGAGAUUGUCCAUAUCGCUCCAUUGUUCUUGGAUGCCCUUGCAAUCGACAGUAUAACUGCCAACUGGCGACUGCUGGGAUGCGUUGGCUUGACCCUUUGA